CGCGAGCCGGCCCCCGCGCCCCUGCCUGCUGGCGGCGGGCGAGAGCGCCGUGGCCAGCCCUUGGCCGGCCGGUGGGCAGCCGGCACCAUGGCCGCACCGGAGCCUUUGCGGCCGCGUCUGUGCCGCCUGGUGCGCGGCGAACACGGCUACGGCUUCCACCUGCACGGCGAGAAGGGCCGCCGCGGGCAGUUCAUUCGGCGCGUGGAGCCCGGUUCCCCGGCGGAGGCGGCCGCGCUGCGCGCCGGAGAUCGGCUGGUCGAGGUCAACGGCGUCAACGUGGAGGGUGAGACGCACCACCAGGUGGUGCAGAGGAUCAAGGCCGUGGAGGGGCAGACUCGGCUGCUGGUGGUGGACAAGGAGACGGACGAAGAGCUCCGCCGGCGGCAACUGACCUGCACCGAGGAGAUGGCCCAGCGAGGGCUGCCCCCUGCCCACAACCCCUGGGAGCCAAAGCCGGACUGGGCACGAGGGAGCAGCCUCAGCUCUGAGGUCGCCCAGAAGGAUGUCAAUGGGCCCCUGAGGGAGCUGCGCCCGAGGCUCUGCCACCUGCAAAAAGGCCCCCAGGGCUACGGGUUUAACCUGCACAGUGACAAGUCCCGGCCUGGACAGUAUAUCCGCUCAGUGGACCCAGGCUCUCCUGCUGCCCACUCUGGCCUCCGUGCCCAGGACCGACUCAUAGAGGUGAACGGGCAGAAUGUGGAGGGGCUGCGCCACGUGGAGGUGGUUGCCAGCAUCAAGGCACGGGAGGACGAGGCCCGGCUGCUUGUGGUGGACCCCGAAACAGAUGAGCACUUCAAGCGGCUGCGGGUCACACCCACCGAGGAGCAUGUGGAAGGAUGGCAGCACCUGGAAGCGCGACCCUUUUCAGGAGAGCGGCCUCCACCUGAGCCCCACUGCAGCCGAGGCCAAGGAGAAGGUGAGAGCCACCAGGGUCAACAAGCGGGCACCGCAGAUGGACUGGAACCGGAAGCGAGAGAUCUUCAGCAACUUCUGAGCCCUCCCUGCCUGUUUCCUGCCGGGCUCCUCCUGCGUGGACCUUGGGCCUUGCCCCUCGGGCCCGCCCAGAGCUCCCCUCAGUGGACUGGAGGGGACAUCCUUACCCCCCAAGCCGUGGUGGUCCCACCACCACCCAAGAACCAACCUGUGCCCCAGUGAGACCCCGUCCUGCCCCCCACCCACUGGGUGCUAGGGGAGUGUGGCAGCAAGAUGGGGAGAGAGAGCCCCUGAGAUGUGAGAUACCCAGAGAGACAGUGAUGGGAUGUGGGGAGAGGGAGAGGAGGGAGAGGAGGGAGAGGGGGGAGAGGGGGAAAGGGGAAGAGGCAGUGGUAACCCGCGGGGCCCGGCCCUUGCUGCUCUGCCUGGGCCUGCUGACUUAAAGGAAUUUGUGUUUUUGCUUUUUUUCCAGAAAGAGCUCUAGCUCCACACAUGUUUCCACUUAAUACCAGAGCCCUGCCCCCACCCCCCUCAGGACGUGCUCUCUAAAUAAUUGCAAUAAAACAAACCUUUCUCUGCAAACCAUUUUCUCCCCACCCCCUCAGCAGCAGCCAUCCCAAGCAGGAGUGCCAGGGACGUCCAGGGACAGAGUUGGGGCGCUUGCAGGCCGUGUUCAUUCAGGCUUUGGGGGGUGCUGGGGAUGCCAGAUGUGGCUGUGAGAGCUGCCCCUCUGCCCUGUCCCUGCCCUCCCUGGGGGGGGUGGGUCUGGGGUACAGGGCCUGGGCUCUUUGAGGGGCCUGAGAAUGGAGGCCCUGUGCCCCUGAGGAGGGCAGACUCUGGACAGGCACCUUGUCCCUGCACGGCAGCCCCCAGACCUUUGGGGUGUGACUGUGUGAGAGCCUGUCCCCAGGAAGGACCCCAGGCUCCGGGCUUGGCCCCUGCUAGGAGCCUCCCCCAGAGGAAACCCCACCGACUCUGCCUUUCCCCUGCCCAGAACCUGACCGACCGACAUCGCUGUCUGCCCCAUAAGCCAUAGCACACGCGCGCCUUCAGAAUAAACAGGCCUUCCUUGGA